UAUCAGAUCGUUGCUGAAAGAUUAUUUAUUAUUUAUUAGUAAAAAAUAGUUUAAAAGGCUGAAAUUGUGCAGGUUACAAACACGAUCGAAAACGGCAACGUAACAAUAUAAAAAAAAUCCUAAAACUAGGCAAGAUUGGCCAUACAGCAUGUCCUCUCGUGGACGAGAUGAACACAUUCCGCAUCCGCAUUCAAUGCAGUCGACGCCUGGCGUGACGUCCUCUAGUUCAUCACGAACACUUUCAUUGGCCGAAAAACAGAAAUACAUCGAAGAAUAUGAUUUUCCAUAUUGUGAUGAAUCUUCUAAAUAUGAGAAGGUUGCAAAAAUCGGUCAAGGCACUUUCGGUGAAGUGUUCAAAGCUCGCGAAAAGAAGGGUAACAAAAAAUUCGUCGCUAUGAAGAAAGUGCUAAUGGAUAACGAAAAAGAAGGCUUUCCUAUUACUGCCCUUCGUGAAAUACGUAUACUGCAAUUGUUAAAGCAUGAAAACGUGGUGAAUCUAAUCGAAAUUUGCCGUACAAAAGCGACUGCAAGUAACGGCUACCGUUCAACAUUUUACUUGGUUUUCGACUUUUGUGAACACGAUUUGGCCGGGCUGCUCUCGAACAUCAAUGUUAAAUUCAGUCUUGGCGAAAUCAAGAAGGUUAUGCAGCAACUAUUAAACGGUUUAUAUUAUAUACACAGCAAUAAGAUCCUGCAUCGUGAUAUGAAAGCAGCAAAUGUACUUAUUACCAAGCAUGGUGUGUUGAAAUUGGCGGAUUUUGGCUUGGCGCGUGCAUUUAGUAUACCGAAAAACGAUACAAAAAAUCGUUAUACAAAUCGGGUUGUUACGUUGUGGUAUCGUCCGCCUGAAUUGCUGCUCGGUGAUCGUAAUUAUGGUCCACCUGUCGAUAUGUGGGGUGCUGGAUGCAUUAUGGCUGAAAUGUGGACACGUUCGCCCAUUAUGCAAGGAAAUACAGAACAACAACAACUUACCUUCAUUUCUCAAUUAUGCGGUUCAUUUACACCGGAUGUAUGGUCUGGAGUCGAAGAAUUGGAAUUAUAUAAAUCGGUGGAAUUACCUAAAAAUCAAAAGCGUCGUGUGAAAGAACGCUUGCGACCCUAUGUAAAAGACCCAAAUGGCUGUGAUCUACUUGAUAAGCUGUUGACACUUGAUCCAAAGAAACGUAUCGAUGCGGACACGGCGCUUAAUCAUGACUUCUUUUGGACUGAUCCAAUGCCUAGUGAUUUGAGCAAAAUGCUUUCACAGCAUUCACAAAGUAUGUUCGAAUAUUUGGCACAACCACGUCGCAAUAAUCAAAUGAGAAAUUAUCAUCAACAAAUGGCGACAAUGAAUCAAAAACCACAGGAUAAUAGUUUGAUAGACCGUGUUUGGUAGUCCUUAUUUUUUUUUAGUAUUUUUGUCGACUUUCGUUGAAUGCCGUGAAUAUUAACACGGUUGGAAGAUUUGUGCUACCGGUCGUUGUAACCGUAUUUUCUUACUUUUCAAUUUAACUCAGAUUUACCAUUAGGUACAUGCUUUAGUUAUAAGUUUAUAUAUUUAAAUUUAAAUGAAAAUUAGUGUGUGUAUUUGAAUUAAAGGCUGAAGCAGCAAAAUGUAUGCGCAAAUAAAUUUCGUUUAUAUUUGUAAA